UGAACACGUAAACACAAUACCAUAUGUGAUUUGAUUUUGACAGAUCAAAUGUUGUCAAUGUAUCCAUUACACAAGGGGGUAGCUACCUGAACUCAAUGGCUAAGUGGAUAAAGCAAAAAAUGUUUGAAGCGAACGGUACUGGGUUAGAGUUCAGGAGUGAUCACCAACUCAAGGAUAAAUGCGUUUUCUGGAUUCUGUUGCUGGUCACAGAAGCAGUAGAUAGGCAUGAUCAGUCAGUCAGUCAUAAGGAAAUAUCACAACAUGUCAGCACAACAAAUGAAAAUUACUAGUUGUAUUCUGUGAUUGAGGAUGCUAGACAUCAUAGAGCAAACCAGUCACAAUAGUCCGUAUACAUUCAUUCAUUCUUCUAUGAAAACAGAUCAAGAAAAGUUUCAUUUGGAAAAAGAGAAUCUUAUCAAAACAAACAAACAUUUAGAGCAAAUAAUUUUGAUCAAAAUAGAAAAUGAGAAGAAACUACUAGAAGAUAAUCAAAUUUUAGAUAAAUUAAUUCAAGACUUACGAGAACAAUUGACUGUAUAUACCAUGUCCAAGACAAGAUCGAAUGAGUCGAACGAUUUAGAAGACGAUCCUCAUCCUCCUCAUCCUCAUCCCAACGGUCAUAAAUGUUCCAACUGUGAUUAUUUACAAAAACAAUUACAAGCCUACAUUUAUUUAUAUGGUGAAUUAAUUGAUCCGGAUGUACAAGAUAAUACAGACCAUUGUUCAUUUGAAGAAUUGACAGAGAAGAACAAACGAAAUAUUACGAAUGAUAAAAUAUGUACAAAGCUAAAUCAGUCUAUCAAGAUUACUGAUACUAAUAGUCAAUCCAAUGAAAAAGUUAAUCCAAAUGAAACUUUAAUUAAAUCUCAUUCAGAUUAUUCAUCAUCAAAUGAAUCUUCAUCGAUUAAUGAACAUGUAAAUAAUCAUAACAAAAGUCAUGGUGCAAAAUACGUGAGGCGUAACGAAUCUCUGAUUGAAUCAAAAUAUACCGGUCGAUUAGGCAGUUCAGACGAUAGUCAAUCAAAUAAGUUCAAUAAUGAUAUUUUAUCGAAGUGGUCAAGUAUUCAACAUGAAAAUGAACAAUUGAAAUGUCAACUAAAUGAAAUGAAUUCAUUCUGGGAAGAAAAACAAAAAAAAUUGGAAGAUCAUUGUCGUUUACUUUCAGCUAGACUUAAAUACAUGAAAUCGAAGCAUAGUUCAGUUCAACAUCAUAAAAUAUCCUGGUUAAAAUCAUCAUUGAAUAUACUUGUUCCUUUGAAAAAAUUGAAAUAUCAUUCAAGACGUAAAUUCAAGUUGAAUUAUAGGACUAAGAGGGAAAUCCAACAGGAUUUUAAUCACCUUAGUGAUUGUAAUCAAUGUCAAGAUGUAGAGGAUCCAAGAAAAAAUGUUAAUCAAUUGAUGACAUUAAAUCAUGAUGAUAAUAAUCAAUCCGAUGCCACAUCUUCUGAAUUAAUAAUGAAACAAAAUUUAAAUAAUGAGCCAAAAUUAAAAUUGAUCAAUAAUUAUAAAACAAGCUUAAUAAAAUCAAGGAAACGUGCUAUUCAAUUACUUAAAGCACAAAAUAAACUUCCCCACCUAACAGAAAUUCAAUGUUCUUAUGAAUUAUUGAGUCAACGUAAUAAUUCUUUAUUACAACAGUAUCAAGUUAUGCGUAAAUUGAAGAUAACAGCAGAACAAUCAAAUCAAGAACUCAACAAUGUAGUUGAAUCAUUAAGUAGUAUGUUACAUAGAAGUCGUAAACAAAAUAUACAAGCUAAACGUACAAUUGAGAGUAUUAAAAUGCAUUUAAUCAAACUGCAAGAUACUAUUAAACAAUUGAAUAUGGAAAAUAAUCAAAUCACAACUGUUCAUCAAUCUGUAAAUAACACAUCAUCAACAUUAGACAAUAUUAAUUCUAAAAAACUCAUAAAAGAAUUCUCGGAUGACAUUAUUCAUCAAGUACAAGAAGCUAUAAAUCGUAAACGAAUUGAACAUAUAAACAUGAAGAAUAAAAUUAUUACACUUGAGAAUGAAACAAAACGUCGACGUCAUUAUAUUGAAGAAUUAAGGAUACGUCUUCAAUGUGUUCUUGCUGAACAAACAGAUCUUCGAAAUGAUUUAUUAACUAAACAAAAAAUGAAUGAAACUUUGAAAUUAUCUGAAUUACAAUUAAAACAAACUAAACAAAGUCAACAUAUUCAGCUAAUUACCUUAAUAAAUGAAAAAAAGAAUAUUCUAGAAAAUUUUCAUUUAUUAAAACAAUCCCAUAAUCAUUUAAUAAAUGAAUUAAAUCAAUUAAAAGGGAAUUUUUUAAAUUUACAAAAAUCUAAAAAUGAAAAUGUUUCCAUAGAAACAAGAGAGAAUAAUACAAUAAAACAAACUAAGAAAUUUAAUCGUAUCUGUGCUAAUGAUAGAAUUGAUCAUUUAGAAAAAUUCAUUUUAAUAUUAGCCAAUGAAUUAAUUAAAACAAUUAAAACGAUUUGCCAAUUACGUAAUCAUUCUUCAAUGAUUACACAUACAAUUAAUAAGAAAAGUGAGCUAUCCAGCAAUUAUGCAAUAUCCAAUGAUGGUAAUUCAAAACCUUCAAUAAGUCAAGAUAGUUUACAAUUAGCUAAAAUGAAAGCAGCGGAAAUUUUAUGUUUAUCAUUAAAUGAUUUAGAAAAAUUAACAUUUUUAGAUCAAAAUAGUUGCCAUAGUGAUAAACAAGAUGUUAAUAUUGACAAUGAUAUUGAGGAUGAUGAUCGUGUUGAAGAGGUCAACUCAUUCAAUGACGAAACGAAACAUCGAAAUGAACAUGAAAAGCUUUCAAAAUCAACUAUUCAAUCAUAUUUAAAUAAUUUAUCGAAAUGGCCUAUUCAUUGUGAAAGUUUGUUGAAAGAUUUUCCUUUUUCAAAGAAGUUAACAGAAGAAUUUUCAAUGAAAUUGAAUGAUUUAAUUGAUAUUGUCUCCAUUUUUUUUGUAAAUGAAACGAUGUACUACUAAAGAAUACUACUGAACAAUCUGUAUGGUUAUUAUGCUUAUUUUAUAUUAUUAAAGUGAAAUUAUGAAUUAGUUAAUUAGAUUGAGAUUUAUAUAAAGUA